CUGAGUUAGCUAGCUAACCUAGCUAAAGUUAACUCCAGAAGAUGGCAGUAGAGCAACAUUAAGGACGUAAGAUGCCGUUAAAACCUUAAGAAGAAGAAGAUAAUCCUGUUCCUUUGGUUCAGGCGCAGAGGCUCUAUUAGACUGUACAGUCUACAAUUUACAGCAUCGCACGUGAAACCGGCCCAAUAUUAUUAGGUAACACUGCAACUUGUUCAAUAGGCUAGCUCAAACGUAAGCUAACUGGCAUUCGGAACUUGUCAAUAGCCUUACAAUGUGGGAAUAAACGAAAGAUUGAAUCCGCACCAAAACUUGAACAAACACGGUGACUUGGUUUUACUGGUCUUGUAAUAAUCUCAAAUGCCAAGACGAUGCUGAGGAACGGUAGUAGCUGGUUUGGUCACUGAACUAGCUAGCUAACUAGCAAGCGAACAAAAAUAUCCUUUUAAUUUCGUCUCUAUCUGCAGUGGUGUUUCCUAGCAGCGGCAGGGUUUGUUAUUUGCCAACGGUUUGGCAUAACCUCGCGAUGUAGCUAUCUGCUGCAUUCACGUGUUCCCACAGUGGUCCUUUUUCUCGUCUUUAACCUAAGUCGUUGUGUGGAGAAACAAAGUGACUUGGUUUUACUGGUCUACAAAGAGUAUGUGUUGUGUUGCAUUGCAAUGCUCAGAUCUCGAAACCAUAUACGUAGCAAUGUUUCUAGUUUAUUUCCACUUUAAAGCUUUAUAGUAUUGAUUUUGUCCCAGAGUUAUUGCAGCACCGGUAACAACUAAAAUAUCCAACGUUAUGGCUAAUGUUUCACCAUGGAUGUAUAAGACCUCUACACUAGUAAAAUAACUGCAUUGCUUGUACCUGACUUAUCAGGUAAUGGUAAAAAAUAACUUUUCACUCUACGUGUACAGCGACCUCAAUAUCCCAGUACCAUAUUAGAAAUGACUGAAUUUGCAAUACGUGAGAUAAUAAAAUGUCAUCUUAUCAGCAACAUUUAGUUUUGUCCAAGUGUUGUAGCAAAAACGGAGUCAUUCCAGCUUGAGGGGUCAUUCACGUAAUUGUCCCCACUAGGGAACUCAUUUUUACGAUUAUUCUGAAACCACGUCAUUAAUGUAACCAGUCAAUACGAUGAAAAUAAUUCCAAAUACAUAAGUCUUAUUUUAAAUUUGUUUCGUUACUCAAUUGCGUACCUCAAUUUGUUGUUUGAUGUGGGCAGAUAUGUUUCCAGACUUUAUGAUGGAUUUAAAGACAAGAACAAAAUUGGACAAAAAUUUAGUUUCUGUAAAUUUAGGAUAUGUAAACAUUUCCUGAGCCUAUGGAUGUAUUAAGAUAAUCUCUAAUUGUUACACCACUGCUUCAUUUGAUUUACAAAGAAUCUCUGCAUGUGUUCUUGUCUUAAUGUCCCUAGGAUCACUGUUUCACAUCCAGAUGACAUUUUAUGUUUUUAAUCCAAAGUGUUAGGGCCAACUGACUCACUCUGUUUUGGGUGCACUAGGACAGCAACCUUUCCUGAUGACAUGUAAAUCAAAGGCCCAGUUGGCACCCCUGCCAUGGACAGAGAUCCUUGUGUACUGGGUGGUGUCCUUUGGCUCUCAUUUGUACUCAUUCUACCAACUGCACAGGUUCUCUAAAGAGCAUGAAGCAGGAUUAGAGAGAGAAUUCCUGUUGGGAAAAGGCCUUGUUGCAGGUUUUAAAAGGGACCUAUCAGACUUUGAGUGGACCUUCUGGACAGAAUGGGCUAAGAAGUCUUUGCUGUGGACUCUGAUUGGUCAUGGCUUGAUAUCGAGAUUGACCAGCAUCUUUUACCCCAAGUUUAGGGUGCCAGCCCUCACAACAUAUGGCCUCUUAGCAGCCAGCAGUGUGUUGGGGAUUAAAGGUGUGAGUCUGCUGCUGGUACAUCUGGGCCUGUCUUUUUCAGUGGCCCAACUUCGAAAGCCUGCUCUGUCAUGGGCCUGCAACCUCCUGCUGCUUUCCACACUUCACAUCCAACCACUACAAGAGAUCCAGAGAGGCUGGUAUAAGACUGAGGAGGAGUACUAUCUGCUACUGUUCAGUGUUGCUGUCUGUGGUCUACGCUUCAUCAGCUUUAGCCUGGAGCAUUGCUGGUGCCCUCCAGACCAUGGUGGAGUUGUGCAGCUUGGUUGGUUGUUUUCAUACACCUUCUAUCAUCCUUUUUUCUACAAUGGACCCAUCAUCACAUUCAAGGACUACGUUGAGCAGAUGCAGAGGCCUGCUGAGAAGUGUGACAGGGACGAAUCUGUUUUUAGGUACUCAGUGCUCAGAUCAGGACGGAUCAUACUAUGGUGGUGCAUCGCAGAAUACAUGAUCCAUGUAAUGUACAUGCACUCCAUCCAGUCUAAUGAGACCUACUUAGAAUUCCUUCCUCCCUGGGCUUUGGGCGGUCUGGCCCUGGCCCUCGUCCAGUUCUUCUAUGUGAAGUAUCUGGUGCUGUUUGGCUUUUCAUCCAUGCUGGCUACUUUAGAUAAACUAGUCCCCCCAAAGCUUCCUCGUUGUGUCAGCAUCAUGUACAGUUUCACAGGGAUGUGGAGGCACUUCGACAAGGGCCUGUAUCGAUGGCUCAUCAGAUACAUCUAUGUGCCGUUGGGAGGUUCACACCAUGGUCCUCUAUACAAAAUAUUAUCCACUGGCCUUGCAUUUGGAUUUGUAUGCCUCUGGCACGGUGGCCAUGACUACUUGCAGUACUGGGCCCUGAUGAAUUGGGCUGGAGUUCUGGUGGAAAAUGGACUGAAGUCUUUCUUAAGCUCAUCUUUUAUUCACUCCAAUGUUAAGCAGAAUUUAUCUGCGGCAAUGGAAAGGCGCUGUGUUGCCCUUCUCUCUGCCUUCUCCACCGCCAUGCUCAUCCUCUCUAAUCUGGUUUUCCUCGGGGGGGUACAUGUUGGCAGAAUCUUCUGGAAGCGUGUCUUCAUUCAAGGCUGGUCCACCAUAGCCCCGCCUAUGCUGGCUUUCCUCUACUGCUUUGCUCAGAUCGGACUUGAGUGGACUUAUCACACACCAUGAGUCACCUUGACUUUGUAUUGGAACAAGAAUCCCUGCUACCAGACAACCAGCACAACCUGCUAAGUCCAAUGCCUUGUCUUUACCAGCCAGAGUCUCUGUGGCAAACCUGGCUCACAGCCACAGAAUCCGUCCAAACCUGGCUGAAGUGCAGCUGAGCAGCCACUUUUCACAACCUGCAAGACUGGACAAAAAAUGUCUGUAAGCUGAGACUUAAAGGAUCAGUGCUGAUUCUCUCUAAGGAGAGAGUUUCCUACUUUGUGGAAAAUGUAGGUGCAUACAAACUGUAAUUGAAUGAUAUUCAGGGCAGUGUGUAAUAGGUUUCUCUACAGAGUUUCUACUCAAUAAGCUCCACGGAAUCACUGUUAUUCCAAGAAAACGUGAAAGAAAAUAUGAACACUGAAUCUGUCUUAUUUUUAUGACUGAUAUGUUAUUGCUCAGUGGUGCUGUAAGCUGAAGGAAUGCUAAUUUUAUAUUUACGUCCUCCUCUAGCUCACCAUAAACGCAUUUGUAUUUUCAAAAGUAGACCAAAGAAGACUGACUAAAGCAGCAGGAACCUGAUCAAUGUCAUUAUUUCCACUACAUAUGCAAUUUCGUAGAAUAACAUUUAUAUUAGUAGAUUUAGUGCUUAAAGGUUUCAGCAGAACUACACACUAACUUUUCAUUCAGCAAAGUAACAAUAAUAGGUGACAUUUGUCCAUCGGAAUGCUGGGGAAAGCUAUUGUUUUAGCAAGACAAAUAAGCUUUGUUUUGUGCUAAUGUGUUAUAUAAUGCCUUGUGUUUCCAAAAUGUCCUGUACAAUACCUCUGUCUACUUUUGGAUUAAAACCUUGUAUUUCACGUU